AUGGCGACUCAACGCGAUCUACAAUCACCCCCGCGUACUCAGAUGCGCACGCGUCGUCAACUUGACCUUUCAUCAGAAGCCAGUUCUCAUCACGCACUCCAACCUGAUCCAGCUCCCAGCGCGGCACCACCACAAUCACCACGAUCAACAUGCGCCAGCCAAAUAACCCGAGUAAUGUGCUGUCCCAACAUCAUCCUCCGUCCUCCUAAAACCGCCAUCAUCAACCCACCACCCACAGAAACACCUCCCGACCAUCCGAUCCUCACCUGGUUCGCGUCUUACUGCGCCGGCAAAUGGCCCGCUCGUAUCGCCUCAUCACCCAUCCCCUGGUCUUCCUACACAUCCAUCUUCGGAAUCGCGCACUUCGAAUCGCGCAAAGCGAAAGCAUGUACAGCCAUCACCAUCUACGCGAUAUCGCACACCGACGGUGCAGAACUAAUACAGAUCCCCGAAGAGGAAUUCUUAGAGGUGGUAGGAAAUGCGAUGGCUGCGAGUAUGAAAGAUGAGUGUUUGGUACGAAAGGGUGGAGGACUGGAGUGGGCGUGUAAGAGACAUUUGGAUACGGUUUAUACGUUGUAUUUCUGUGUGUAUCAGGAACGCGCGCCGGUUAUGCCGGUGAAGGUUUUGAUGGCACCGCCGAGGGGACCGCCUGUUGUGACGCAGGUUAGUCCGAGUCAGAAAGUAUCUACACCUGCUGCGAGUUCUAGUUUUCAAACACGCGCGACGACUUCGAAUCAAGAAGCGCCUGCGACGAAUUCUGACCCGAAAACACCUGCGACUACUCAGAAAUCUCCUAUAUCAACACCAACUUAA